AGAUGUUUCCUCUGGAAAGUACAGCAGUCAUGAAGACCAUGAAGAUCCUGAGCGGUGUUCUGAUACUCUCCCUGAUGUUGCCCGAGACCACGUUGGGCGACAUUCAGAAGAGAGUGGUCGGGGGAAACACGUGCAGUCCCACUGAAAGGCGAUACCAUGUCCGUUUGACAGCUAAAAAUCCAACGAACGGAUUGGAAAAGGUCUGCGGCAGUUCUCUGAUCACCAACAAGUGGCUUCUAACCGCCGCUCGCUGUUGGCCUGCUGGACCAGAAUGGAAGAUGUAUGCAGAAGUAGGUGGACAUCCCGGCCCUGUGAAACCUCAAGUAGAAAUCAAACAGAAGAUGAUACAUACAGAUAAGAAAGGAAAAACCCAUGACAUCAUGCUACUGCAGUUACCAACUCCUGUUCCGGGAGCUAUUCCAGGUCCUGGGGUUGAUCCAAUCCCUCUUGGUGAUUGUACACAACUUUUGGCCAAACUUCGGGGGAAGACAUCUAAACCAGAAGAGUUCCAAACAGUUCAGAUUGCAGGCUAUGCUGCCACUGCACCUGCUGCACCUGACGCUGGGGUACCUGAUGCUGAGGACCCUGCUGCUGAAGCACCUGAUGCUGCCAACACCAAAGUCCUACAUUGUGCAGAGCUGGAUGUUAUGAAAUGUGACGCCUCCGUGGCAAAGUCCCAUCAAGAAAUCUUCUGUGCACAACGUGCCGGAGUGGAAACCUGUAGAAGUAACUCUGGAGCAGGUGUGGUGUAUAUGAACCAGCUCUAUGGCGUCUUCAUCGCUGAGGACAACGGUGAAGAAUGUUCUGCAGCAGCACUCAUCAUGGAUGUCUGCAAGUACAAAGAUUGGAUAAUGAAGGUCAUUGGAAAAUAAAGAAGAAAACUGACCGUUUUCUUUUGAUUAACAUCAAAAGCUGAUUAUUGUAUCCUAAUAAACCAUAAAAGAGAUCUCAGAUUUACUCAGUGUCAUUGGUCUUGUUAUAACUGUCGUGGGUUAAUCCAGGAUGUUGAUAGUGUAUAUCUGUUGGAGGAAAUUAUAGUUGAAAUGAUUAAUUAUGCAUACAUUUAGAUUAGAACCAGUUAUUUUAAUACUAUUAUGUUAUGGUAUGAAAUGUAUGGGUUCUUGGUUAAGCUGUUACUGAAAAUGUAAGUAAAACAAAUUAAUUAUCUGUACCUUGUGGGAAAGGGAGAAGGAGGGCAUAUAUAUUUUCUGACAGAUAAGAAUGUUCUUUGAUGUUCCAUUAGUGGAGGAGAAGAUGUCUUUUAGACAGAUUGGAAUGUUUGUUUUAUGAGGGGAGUAGAAGAAGAUCUCCAGACCUGAAGACACUGCGCUAUUGUGUGGAUCGGAGAGGGUGUGAGAAACUGAUGAUGUCAUUUUAUGUUGUCUCUUUAAAAUGUAAGGUUCUUUGUAUUUUUGGUCAGUACUCUCUUGAAAUAAACACUGUUACCUGAGUUUAA